AUGUCUACUGAGCGUGCAGCACCUUACGGAAAUUAUAAAGGCUACUACAAGAAGCGCGGAAACCGUACCUCCGACCCCCGCCUUAAAGUCCUUCCUCCUAGCCUUUUCAAAGAUAAACGCGUUCUCGAUGUCGGUUGUAACGAAGGAUGGGUGACAUGUGAAAUAGCUCUUUGCUAUCAGCCUCAAGAAGUCAUCGGAGUGGACAUUGACUCGGAGCUCGUUGGUCGAGCAUGGCGUCACAGAAGGGAGGUUUGGAACCUUCAGAGUCCUAAAGCUUCAUUAGACAAAGUCCCGUUCAGCAAAUCAAAAGACGAGUACCGUGAAAACUCUAGGAUCGAGGACGCUACUGGCCAAGAAGAACGCGACGCAUAUUUCCCCGAAUGUUUCCCAUCACUAUUUGGACCGGUGCCAAUACCAUCACCAAGCCCAACCUUUCCCAAUAAUGUAUCAUUUCAUCAGAAUGAUUGGGCUAAUAUGGGUUGCCUGGCGGAUGAAUUGGGCUACGACAUAGUGGUUGCAUUUUCAGUGUCCAAGUGGAUCCAUGUGCACAAUGGCGACGAAGGAAUUAAAAGAUUUUUUUCACGGGUCAAAGAUGUGUUGAGUGCACGUACAACCCGUACAUCGCCAGGCAUCUUUGUGCUUGAAGCGCAACCCUGGUCUGGGUAUCAUAAUGCAAUGCGAAAGGCAAACCUACACAGACCAAAAGAGCAAGAACCUCUCGAGAGUCUGAAACUUAACCCUACCGAAUUCUCGGCCGUCCUUGCAGAUUUGGGAUUCUCUGCACCCAAACGUGCUGGGAUCGUCGGGGAAGGCGCCGACAUUGUUUAUCUUGAAUUAUUUGGCCAGAAAAUCGUCAUCCUUAACUCUGCCGAGGCUGCAUCCGACCUCUUGGAUAAACGUUCAGCAAUUUACUCAGAUCGACCCUCCGUACCAAUGGUUACUGACGCAUCAUUAAUGAACUGGGCGAAGACUGUUUCCUUGGCUAAAUAUGGCGAACUCACACGUAGUUAUCGCCGCAUAAUGAAUAAUUGGCUCAACAAGCGCGCUGUUGUUCAGUUUAAUCCCAUGCAAGAAAGACAGGCUCGGUUGCUUUUGAAACGCUUGUUAAAUAUCACAAAUCAUUCCCAGCCCUUUCACGCUGUCAAAAACGAAUUAUUUUUUUCUACAGGAUCGUCGAUGCUUCAAGUCGCUUAUGGGUAUGAACCACAAGGUCCCGACGACCCAUUCUUCACGAUGACAAAACUCGCAUUUGAACACGCUUUACAUGCGGGGAUGCAAACAAACUUUCUGGUGAACGUAUUCCCGGCGAUGCUGCAUGUACCAGACUGGUUUCCUGGAACAGGAUGGAAACGCAUAGGAAAAGAAUGGGGAAUAAUGCAAGAAGACGCAAAGACUAGGCUCUAUGAAUGGGUAAAGGAACAGGUUGCUGCAGAAACUCAUCAAAUUUCGCUGCUUGGUCUUAUGCUCCAGAAUCAUGACGAUGCACUACUCUCGGGACUGAGCCCUGCAGAGACUGAGGAACGAUUGAAGGAGGUUGGGAUAAUUCUUUUUGGAGCCGGGAUGGAUACUAGUGCGAAUUUCCUUCUAAACUUUAUAGCUACAAUGGUUUUGCACCCAGAUGUACAAUUACGAGCACAGAAGGAGCUCGACACUAUCCUCGGCCAAGUAACUUUACCAACAAUUAAAGACCAAGAACGGCUACCAUACAUUAGGAAUGUGGUCGAAGAGGUUCUACGGAUGUACCCUGUUGUUCCGCUUGGAUUGCCCCAUGUAUGCUUUAAAGAUGACAUUUAUCGAGGAUACCACAUUGAAAAAGAGACAAUUGUUAUGGGGAAUGUUUGGGCUAUAUCGCGUGAUCCCCAUCUUUACAAAAACCCUGAAGAAUUCAACCCAGAUAGAUACCUGGAUUCUAGUGUCCCGCGGCCACCUGUUUUUGGGUGGGGAAGACGUAAAUGCCCGGGCAUCUAUUUCGCUGAGGAGGCGGCAUUUGUCAGCGCUGCCUCGCUGAUAUCCAUGUUCAGAUUCUCAAAGAAGAAAAAUAACGACGGCGAGGAAGUAACGCCCCAAAUCAAGCCAAAGCACAACGCACUCGUAGUUGAACUAGAUGAUUUUGAAUUCGGAUUCGAACCUCGUUCAGAGGAACACCGUCAGUUUAUCCUUGGUACCAACGUUGACAAGGAGCAACUCUCGAUCAGAUAG